UCACGUGUUUAUAGGUAAUAGGCGUAAAGCUAAAGCAAGUUGAAAGAGAAUAAUAUUUCUCGAUAACGCGCGCGACUGAUAUUCAUAAAAGAAGAAGAAGAAAUGGCAGGGUCAACUUCACGGCCGUAAUUGUUAUUGAUACAGUACAGUGUAGUGUUGAGAUUGAGAUUCAAAAAUGAACCGAGUGACUGACGCGAAAGAAGUGAUCCUGACGAGCGACGCCACCGGGGAGAGUUGGAGCGCCGCUGUGUGGGAUCCUCGGAACGGCUCUCUGCUGUCCGUGUACAAGAACGCGACAGCACUCGGACAUCGUAGCCUUCAGCUUUUGAGCGACAGCUACGUGUUGGGGGCGGACGCUACGAGACCUCGUAUACACAUCUGGCCGCUGAACAGCCCGUCACCGUUGUCCAACAUUCGAUUGAAUACGCCAGGCAAAGUCAAUGCCUUGACCUGUACGCCAAAUGGAUCUUAUCUAAUUGCCUCCGUGGGAGAGAAGCUGUUCAUCUGGCAGACAUGCAACGGCAGGCUACUGGUCAAUCUGACCAGGCAUUAUCAGACCGUCAGCUGUCUAGCCACUACAAAGGACGGUUCGUUAUUCGCCAGUGCUGGCGAAGACGGUCUGGUGUUCGUAUGGUCGCUCUAUAGUGCGCUGAACGACGCACGUUGUUCGCCUGUUCACGCAUUCUCUAACCAUAGUUUGCCAGUCAGGGAUCUGCACUUCGGUCAUGGUGACGCUCGCGCAAGAUUGUAUACAAUCUCGCUAGAUCGAACCGCGAACAUCUAUGAGCUUGGCAGUGGAGCUCUUCUGGUUUCCUUGGUGUUCGACGCGCCGCUCACAGCGGCCACCGUGAACGGCCGCGAGAGCGAACUCUUCGUGGGCUGCACAACCGGCGAGAUAUUCCAGUGUAACCUGCACGAACCGCCACGUGGAGUCGAGCAUCACGUCACGGUGAGCUCGUGCGAAGAGAGCGCCGUGUUCCAGGCGCACAAGUCAAACGUGACCGCCCUGUCGGUAUCCGUGGACUGCCGUACUCUGCUGUCUGGAUCUACCGACGGUGCAGUCCAUGUCUGGGACAUUGCCAGCCGGCAGGUGCUCAGGACACUCAAGCAUAAGGGCCCAGUUACCGCUGCGUUUUUUGCCAAAGGAUUCGACAAUUUUCGCGCCUCUGUCCUUAAGCCACGCUUGCAGGUGCAAAAUCUACAGAGGACAUCGGACGACGGUGGCAGAGAGAGCGUCGUCGAGAUUGUCUCCAGAGGACGAAAUUCGGCGGAGAUCCUGAACUUCGAAUCUUAUAUAGAAGGCAGUAGCGAUUCUCGAGGAUCGGAUCAGAUGUCGAAGAAGUUGGACGAUCUACAGAAAGAGAUUAGCAAAUUAAAGAAAAUUAAUGCUGCCAUAUAUCAAUAUGGUGUUACACAUAUCCUAAAAAAGGUUGUUGAUGAUUAAUAAAGAAUAUUGGAGCAUAAUCAUGGGAUUUUAUUUGUAUUCUUAU